AUGGCUGCCCAAAAGUCUUUCAGAAUCAAGCAAAAGUUGGCUAAGGCCAAGAACCAAAACAGACCAUUGCCUCAAUGGAUCAGAUUGAGAACUGACAACAAAAUCCGUUACAACGCCAAGAGAAGACACUGGAGAAGAACCAAGAUGGGUUUGUAA